AUGGACAGAAACGACGAAGCGGCCGUCCUGUCGACCCCCGCUCACAGUGUACCUGUAGGCGAUCAGAGCCACACCAUCAAUAACGAGCCGCCAACACCAGAGGGCCCCACAGACAGUCAUGUCUUGGCUCAGGUCGAGCAAGAUGAAAAAGGACUAUCGCAACUAGCUGGCGACACACCUGAAGUGACUGACAUCGGAUGGACCACGCCUGUCGACCAUCUCGAAACACCUCUUCAAGUCUACAACGUCAAAGCAGUGCCAAAUGCUCCAUUGCAGAAUCUCGAUUUGACUCGAUCCAAUGACGAUGAAUUCUCACCAGACAAGCUCCGUGCGACAAUGGAGAGAUUCUACACGACGGUGGUUGUUACAUUGACAAGCUUUAUCAAACAUGUCGCUCGUCUCCGAUCCUGGAAGGAGCCUCGGCGGACAGCCAUCUUUUGCGCGGUAUACUCUCUGGCGUGGAUUCUCGACUUCCUUGCUCCUGCUUUUUUCGCAGCUCUCAUUGCACUGGUCAUAUACCCACCGUGUCGGCCCGUUAUGUUCCCGCCAGCGCCAAUUGCUCUCGUUGAUAAAGAUACGGGAGGUGUCCAGAAGCCCAUGGCUGGAGUUCUGGGCUCACACGACAGUAUCACCGGUGCUCCUGAAAAGUACAAGGGCGAAGCGGCCGAAAAGGAGGCUAGCAACUUGGUUGCAAGUGUCGCCAGCGUCGCUGUCGGUAGUGCGGUUGGAAAGCAUGAUCAAGGUGUCCCCGAGGAUGCAUCUCUAGAACAGGCUGUACCGGACGCCAUGGAAAUCGUAUCUAACACUGCAGAUGCGCAAAGUGCAGCCCAUGGAGAGAUACCGUCCGAGUCCCACGAUAAGACUCGACAGCCUAUGAAGCAAGCUGUCCUGGACGGAGCGAACACGGCCAUGGAAGUCAUAAGCGAUAUUACAGAUACUUUUGAGAAGUUUGGAAACGCGUUAUCCCCUACGUCGCCAUUUCCUCAACUCCCCCCUCGUUUGCGCCUCGUGGCUGUUCUUGCUCCGGCAUGUCUUCUCUCGACUUUGGUAUCCAGCUAUGUUUUGAUGAAGACCAUGGGACUACUCACUGGCUUCAUUUUCUUCGGUGAUCCUAUCAUCUGGCGCGGAAUCGCCUAUUUGAACAGCAAUUAUCCCCACUGGGAGCGGCUUCUAGAGCUUCAAAACUCUCUUCUCAAAGGCGUUCCAACCAAUGCCCAAUUGGCGCUAACUCUCCUGCGUAUCGGCGAAGCAAAUAUGUCACCACUGCCGCCCCCUCCCAGCUCGUUGGAGAAAGCCUCCUCACGGCCUGCCUCUCUUCAUCACGAAGAGUUGACACUCGGUGCUUCUCGAGAGGAGAUCGACCAGGCUGCCUCAAAAGAGCACCAUCCUGGGUUGAAGCAAGAAGAGCCCCAUCACGGAAAGACCUUGGCAACCAGAAUUCUCGGCUUUUUCCGUGGCACUACUGCAACAGGGGUCGAGAGCAAGCGAGGCAUUGAUCGCAUGCGUGCAGCGAUUGGCUCUCGUCAUGCCAGGAACCGUGUUGGUGUGCUGCGUCCCAAGGGCAAAACGAGUACACCCGUUGGACCUGCCGAGUUCAAUGCUCGACACAAGGGAAAGCGAGGUGCUGUGAUCAUUGACUCGUCUAAAGAUUCACCGAUCCUGUACUUCACCACCGAUAUACCUCAAAAUGGCGAUUUGGAAGUGGAGAGCCGAAAAUCGGGCUCCGUCUACUUCAAAAUCCCAGUCAGUGAUAUUCUGGAAAUGAAGAAACUGGGUGGGAUGGGAUGGAAAGGAAAGCUGGUCGUCGGCUGGGCUAUGGGGAGUAAGGAAGUGGUGGAUGGUUUGCUCAUCCAGGGCAAGGAGCCACACCAAACCUACCAGUUGACAGCGAUGGGAACGAGGAAUCAACUAUUCAAUCGGUUGAUUGCGAUUGACGGACAGGUUUGGGAGACAUUUUGA